CUUCAGUGACGACGAUGAAGAAUAUCGGUUCUUCGAUGCCUGCGCCGAUUUGGAUUCCGAUUGUAUGCGGUGUCCCGAGUCUAGCUGCUUAGUUGAUUAUUGUGUCUACAGUAGUUUUGACUGUGAUGUGUGGAUUAGGAGUCCUAGAAGUAUUCAAGAACGCCGUAGUAAAUUCUUCCAAUGGUUUGGAUUGGACUUAGAUAUGACUACCGCAGAUAAUUCGGUAUAUGUAAAUGGCGAUGUAUUUAAAGGAGAAACGGAGAGAAUUAUAGAGAGUAGUGGGGCUGUGUUAAGAACCUCAAUUUUUAGAAAUGAAUUUUCCUGUAAUCAAUCUUCUGUGUCCAGUUGGUCCAGUGAUGUUUUGGAUUUGUCAAGAGGAUCGGGCUCAAAUGAGGGUUUUAUUUGCAGAAGUGGGGAUUCUAAUGGUGCGAUGGAGUGUAAUCUAGGUGAAUUGGGGCAGGCUGGUAAGCUUGGUAAAGCUCAAGUAGUGGGUGUGAAUCAGUUGGUGACAGCUGAAGGGCUUGAGAACUCUUCUGGGUCAUCUUGCUCAGUUCAGCAUGCUGUUCAGAGAGAAAUUGGGGUUGAAAGCAAUUUGUCAAGGACAAUGAACCGUUCGAAGAGCGGGUGGCUGAGUAGAUUACUUUCCAUGGCGUGCAUUGUGGACGAACAUGGGAAAUCUGAUUAUGGCUCUGACCAAAACCAAGGGCAUGGAGUGCAGAGAGUUAGGGUUCACCAUAGCAAGAAGCAGUCGAAAGAACUCUCAGCUCUCUUUCUAGGUCAAGAUAUUCAGGCCCAUGAGGGCUCAAUUAUUGCUAUGAAAUUUAGCUUUGAUGGGCAGUUCCUUGCCAGUGCUGGUGAAGACAGAAUUGUGCGUGUAUGGCAAGUUGUUGAAGAUGAGAGAUCAAAUGAAACUGACAUUCUUGAUAUAGACCCAUCGUGUGUAUACUUCACGGUGAAUACUCUUUCUGAAUUGGCACCCCUCGUGCCAGAGAAAGAGAAAAUAAGCAAAUUGAAGAACCUAAGANGAGGAAAGAGAUCUCCGGCGAAGAUUCAGGAAAAGGCUCUCUUGAGGAAGUUCGGAAUGGCGAAACAAGAAAAUGCAAGAGGAACCCCAUUUAUAUAG